AUGGCGAACGAUAGCCCCAAACCGACGGAGCCGCGGGCUGUGCCUUCCUCGUCGCGCGCCUCCGAACACAGCUCGCCGUCUGCUUCCAUUUCUCGCGGACAAUCUAUAGCCCGUCUUGGAUCACCAGUGCCUUCGGUUCCUGUCGGCUCUGUGCCAGUACAGCAGAUCCCCACACCAGCUCAGCUCGCAUCCGAAGAGCCCUCAAAUAACCAGACGCCGCUGCCCGGGCGGGAAGGGGUCCAGUCAUCGCUCCCCGGCCCCGGCGAGUCAGCUCUGUCUUCAGCGCUGAAAGAGUCGUUCGGACGAAGCCCGCCGCGCUUUGGCACGCCGCCGAUACGACCGCUAUCGCCCGCAGCAGAGACUGCUCCGCGCGAUACCCUCAGCCAGUAUGGCUCCUACGACGCGCGGAGCCGAUCGCCUGGGGUGCCCUACGAAGAUCCCGAGAUCAUUCGCCGUCACUUGGCUGGCCCUCAGAAACCCUCCAUCUCCAACCUGUCGGCCAGAUACGGCUCUCCUAGCCGAUCGCAUGCAGGAUUCGCGGCAGACGCAGACAACGUCAGCAGAGGGAGACGAGGGUCGUCCGACGAUGAAGAAGAAUUCGACAGUCUGCAGCUGCAGGGUGGUGAUAUCACACGGCAGAUAUACCGGUGGUCAGCGCAGCAGGAAGAGGAGCAACGGCAGAAGAUGAAGCGUAGCCAGAGCUUCUCCGCCGACCGCGCUCGAGCUCACGAGCCCCUGUUGGACAUCAACUCUAUCCAUCAACCUGGCGGAUUCCGACGCAAUUUCAUUCGUAGAGCUGCCGACCAGUCACCAGCGCCCGGUCCCUCCGGCUACGGCACCGUCGCCCAGAAACCUCAGCCUGUGGUAUUCACGAACAACUUCCUCGAGUUCCUGACACUGUACGGACACUUUGCGGGUGAAUCAUUGGAAGAGGACGACGAGGUCCUUGGUCCGGACGAGUACUUUUCUUCCGAUGCUCUGACGUCUGGCGAACACACUGAGGACGAACGAGAAUACGGAGAAAACAGCGCUCUGCUCACACCGGGCAAGAGGCGGAGACGUAAGACCAAGGUGGCAGGAAAGGGAAGCCCUACAGGUGCUGCUAUGCUGCUACUCAAGAGCUUCGUCGGUACCGGUGUACUUUUCCUCCCGCGAGCCUAUUUGAACGGAGGCAUGCUCUUCUCCAACGUUGUACUCCUCAGCGUUGCCGCCCUGUCCUACUUCUGCUUCGUCCUCUUGGUCAACACUCGCCUUGCCGUGGAGCACUCCUUCGGUGACAUGGGGCUGCACCUCUACGGAAAAUGGAUGCGCAACCUGAUCAACUUUUCGCUUGUCAUCUCUCAGCUUGGUUUCUCAUCAGCCUACACCGUUUUCGUUGCGGAGAACAUGCAAGCUUUCGUGCUUGCUGUAUCAGACUGCAAAACGCAUAUAAGCAUUGGACUCAUGAUUCUCAUACAAAUGGUCAUCUUCCUGCCCCUCUCUCUGUACCGCAACAUCAACCACAUUCAGAAGCUCGCCCUUAUUGCGGAUCUUUUCAUUGUCCUCGGACUUGUAUACCUCUACUAUUUUGAUAUUUUCACCAUCGUUGACCAAGGCGGAAUUUCAGACAUCGCCAACUUCAACAAGAGUGACUGGACGUUGUUCAUUGGAACCGCCAUCUUCACAUUUGAAGGUAUUGGACUCGUCAUUCCGGUGCAGAGUGGCAUGAAGAACCCAAAAAAGUUCCCCAAGGUGCUCGGCAUGGUCAUGAUUGUCAUUACUGUGAUCUUCAUCAGCAUGGGUGCGCUCUCAUAUGCGGCUUUCGGCUCGAAGACAAAGACCGUCAUCAUCUUGAACAUGCCGCAGGACAACAAGUUCGUGAAUGGCGUUCAGUUCAUCUACUCUCUUGCAAUCCUGCUAUCAACACCAUUGCAGCUGUACCCAGCCAUCGAGAUCACGAGCCAGCAGCUCUUCAGCAGAACCGGCAAGUACAACCCCUACGUCAAAUGGAAGAAGAACUUCUUCCGCUUCUUCAUGGUUGGCAUCUGCGCGACCGUCGCUUGGGUCGGCGCAAAUGACCUGGACAAGUUCGUGUCCCUUGUCGGGAGUUUUGCCUGCAUUCCGUUGGUCUACAUCUACCCGCCUAUGCUGCAUUACCGCGCUGUUGCUCGCACCACCACCGCGCGUAUACUCGAUGUCUUGGUUGGCAUUGUUGGGCUCGUUAGCAUGGUGUAUACUACCACGCUCACGAUCAAUAGUUGGGUGCAUGGAGGUGAUGCGAAGGCUCCGGGAUACUGUGAUGAGAGGGCGCCUUGA